AGAAAUUCGCAUUUUUCUUCCAACCGAGAAUCCAUCCAAUUUGGGAGAAAUCAAACGUCUUCUGGACACCAAGGUAACGCUAGCAGAGAAGAGAUUGAUGAGGCUGAAGGUCUGACGCCUUUGACAGUGUUAUAAAUCAUGGGCAUAUGAUUGCACUGGCCGAGAUUCCAGCUUCUACGCAUUAGCCUUACCCAGUAAAUGACUGCGACUUCGUGAAGAUGUUGAUUGAUCCAGCUGACUGAAGAACGUUCUGUCCUCCGACAUGACCAGCAGCUGUUAGAGGGGGAAAAACACCAGUUAAGAGACAUCCAGGGUCACAAGUUUAGCUGUAUUCUUCAUACAGCCGUGCGACAUGGAUUCAGGAGGGGAGGUGAUUCCCAUUUGGCAGAAUAAGCCACAUGGAUCAACUCGAAGUGUGGUGAGAAUGAUUGGCUCCACUCUACCACUCAAACCAUGCCCUCGUGCAUGUUUCCAGGAACUGCCAGGGCUUCCCCCCUUGAGACCCACGGAUGGUCCUAUGGUGCCCACCCUGGCCGACAUUGCAUGGCUUGCAGCUGAUGAAGAGGAGACCUAUGCAAGAGUUCGGAGCGACACUCGUCCUCUGAGGCAUGAGUGGAGGCCCACGCCUCUCCUGGUGCUGCAUAGGAACUCUUCGGUGCCCAACUUUCGUCCGACGGGCAAGCGCAUGGAGGGUCUCAGGAAGCCUGGAGUGACAGCCCUCAAUCGUACCACUGCACUGCAAGAUGAGCUCAGCAAGUUGCGGGCACAGAUUGCCAAGAUUGUGGCUAAUGAAUCAGGUUCCAACCCACUGACACCAGAUCUCCUGUCCCCUGAUGACACGAGUGUGGGCUUUUCCAUGGCUCCGUUCGAGACGGCUGCCUUCCAGCCCAACCCCACUGCAUCCUUCGUCAUCAGCGACGUCACCGAGGAGGAGGAAGAUGAAGAAGAGGAGGACCAAGAUGAGGAGGAAGAGGUGUCCGAGCUAGUGCCCGACCCCAUGCCUCCUGUCUCCAUGACCGCUUCAGCCACCUUUGACCUUGACAGGCCUAGCAUGGACUUUAGGGAGGCAGAGGAGGACACAGUGUCGCUGUCCAAGUCAACAAGUUUUGCCGACGUCAGGGACAUCUUGAAGGACAUGAACCGUAUGAAGAUGAGCAAGGACAGUAGAUACAAUCGGGGAUGUACCUCUCUGAGAGAGGAAGAUUCUGCCUCCCUCAUCUCCGAGAUCUUGAGGAAGAAAUUCAUACUGAAGGAUGAAGACACCGCUCCGAUGAAGUAGUCUGUGUCCUCUGCCCUAGAUCACCCCUCUACGCCUGUGUCUGUUAACUGUGUUCCCAUAGAAACCCGAUAACUCAACCGACAGUGUCUCCGGCUGGGUUGACCGUGGCCCUCUCCUCCUACCCAAGCUCUAGGAUACUGCAGAUGAACAGAGAGCUAGGACUGCGCUCUCCUUCCCUGAUCAACACUCCCUGUCUCCCCUUGCAUACCCUCGGACUGCCGAUUAUCCUUUGAGAGGGGAAGUCUCACAGAGCCAGUCUUUCAUUGCAUUUGCUGCCCAGCCAUUUGGACUGGAUCCAGUCUUUCCAGCCUCUGAUACCCCAUCCCCCAUCAUCCCCUGCAGACAUCUGUCCUGCGUAGCAGUUUUAAUCGCUGCUUCCCAAUGCAGAUGCUCUCCUUAGCACUGGCAAGGUGGUCUGGACAGAAGAGACCCAUCUGAGGUUGAGGAUGACCUACAGAAUCAGUGACUGAUGCCUGGAUGAACCCCCCUUCUUUUUGUUUUUCCUUAAGAAUGGGAAGACUUCCUUCUUGCCCUAUUUUGCCUCUAGUAUGUUAUUUUAUUUGUGAAGUUCCUUUUUUUUUUUUUACAAACAAUUCAAAACGUACACACACCUGUACUUGAAACUGUAUAUAGAAACAGACUGUAUAGAGUGUAGUCACAAAUGAUGAGUGUGAUGAUGCUAUACCCUUUCACUUUGUUCAGCCCUGGUGAGUUUGUCUGCAAAGCGAUGCAUAUACAUUUUAAUACAAUCUCCAUUUCUCUAUCCCUCAUUUGGGACAUUUUCUACAUUAUUAUUCUUUAUAUGCAGUCUGUCUGGACCCUCAAGGCUUACAGUUAAACCUUUGACAUUUUUAGCAUUUGCUGCCUACAAGAACUCAAACCUUGACAGUGAAACAUAGUACAGGCCGUCAAUGAAAUGUGACCCAUAUCGUUUGCUGUGGCGUUUGCAAAGAAAAUAUGGUUUUGUUGUAUUUUUUUAGCUUUGCAGAUGAUAUAUGUAUACACAUAUAUGCACACCUACUGUAAAGAGAGAAUGAAGUGUCAUUUGUUUUUAAAAAGUGCUGCUGUCAUGCUGCCUAAGUCAGCCCAAGGGAUAUAUUUGUGGAAACUGGGGGUCUUUUUUGUGUGUGUGGUUGAUUUGAAGGCAAAACUGCAUGUGUGACAUGACUUCAAGAGAAUGUUGAGACUGAAUAUAAAAACCCUGUGUAGUUUG